UUGGUUUAAAAUGCAGCAAUGAACAAGCUGUUCCGCACGAUUAGAAAAUAAUCGGCGUGUCAGUGUCAUCUUUCUUAUGCUAAGUAGGUGUCUUUGAAGGCGGAUCUUUUGGCAGGUUGGACCGGGACCGAUCUGGCUGCUCCGAGCAGCUCAGACGAGCGCUGCCACCAAGGCAUCAACAGCGCGCCUUCGAGGAGCCAAAAGCGUUACUAUUAUUUGAUCGGGACUUGAUUAUAAGUGAACGGGGAGGCGUGAUCUCAUAAGUGGGGCUUCUCCAACUUCUUGCACCGGGACGGGAAGCACGCCGCUGCAACACCACGCACUCUGGAAAAGUCUCAUGCAAUGAGAGGAUGGCUGACUGAGAUUCUACUCAUUUCAUGUGGGAUUUGAAUUUGGGAUUUUUUUUAACUGCACACAUUUGAAUUUUGUGGAAAAAAGAACACUGCAUGCUGCAACUCUUGAAAGCAUGGACCGGAACACAUUCUUCCUGCAAAACUGUAUUUGUGGAGCGCUGUGGGAUUCGUGUUUUCAUUAAACGUGUGGAGGACAUGAUGGUCUUGGGACAAAAAGCUCUAACUCAGGAAGUAAGGAUGUAUUCAAGCGCUAACCUGAGCCUCAUGCUGUACACGCUGCUGGUGCUGUGCAUCAGCGAGGGCUCGGCUAUAAGCUCCAUUGACCCAGACUGGCCAGGAGAGGGGAAAUGUCAACACAUCAGCAUCCCCUUGUGUAAGGACAUCGGCUACAACAUGACUCGCAUGCCAAAUCUCAUGGGGCACGACGACCAAAAAGAAGCAGCCAUGAAACUGCAGGAGUUUGCAACGCUGAUCCAGUUUGGAUGCCACAGUCAUCUUAAAUUUUUUCUUUGUUCACUAUACGCCCCCAUGUGCACAGAGCAGGUGUCCAACCCCAUCCCUGCUUGCAGAGUAAUGUGCGAGCAGGUCAAAGUGAAGUGUUUGCCCAUUUUGGAGCAGUUUAACUUCCCCUGGCCAGACUCCCUGGACUGCUCUCGGCUACCCACCAAAAAUGACCCCAACAACCUUUGCAUGGAAGCGCCCAACAAUGGUUCAGAUGAGCCUCCCAAAGUGUCGCACACGCAGCCACCCGAUUUUAGACUACAACGUCCCCUGAGUGGACAGGAGCUGCACCUGAAGGACAUCAGCAUCAAGCAGACGUGCAGCAACCCUGGAAAGUUCCACUAUGUUGACAAAAGCGAGUCGUGUGCCCCCAAAUGUAACGCCAGAGUGGAUGUAUACUGGAGUCAAGGAGACAAGCAGUUCUCCUUGGUGUGGAUUGCGAUCUGGUCCAUCCUGUGCUUUGUCUCCAGCGCCUUCACCGUGCUCACGUUUCUCAUUGACCCCCAGCGCUUCAAAUACCCAGAGAGGCCCAUCAUCUUCCUCUCCAUGUCCUACUGUGUUUACUCUGUGGGCUACCUCAUUCGUCUUUUUGUGGGCACUGAUGGAAUCGCCUGCGACAGAGACAACGGAGUCCAGUAUGUCAUCCAGGAGGGUUUGGAGAGCACAGGCUGCACUAUUGUGUUCCUCAUUCUGUAUUAUUUUGGCAUGGCAAGCUCCCUCUGGUGGGUCAUCCUGACCCUAACGUGGUUUCUGGCCGCUGGGAAGAAGUGGGGUCAUGAGGCCAUCGAGGCCAACAGCAGCUACUUCCACCUCGCGGCAUGGGCCAUCCCAGCUGUGAAGACCAUCAUGAUCCUAGUGAUGAGGAAGGUGGCGGGAGAUGAGCUGACAGGUGUUUGCUAUGUUGGCGCCAUGGACGUCAAAGCUCUUACUGGCUUUGUGCUCAUCCCGCUCUCCUGCUACCUUAUCACGGGCACGUCUUUUCUCCUGUCUGGUUUUGUGGCCCUUUUCAACAUCAGGAAGAUCAUGAAAACAGAAGGGGAGAACACAGACAAGCUGGAGAAGUUGAUGGUUCGCAUCGGGGUCUUUUCUGUGCUCUACACCGUCCCCGCCACCUGUGUCAUUGCUUGCUACUUCUACGAGCGGCUCAACAUGGACUACUGGCGCAUGCUGGCAGUGGAGGCGAAGUGUAAGGAUAGCAGCGGACCAGAGUCGGAGUGCCUUAUGAAGACGUCCAUCCCAGCCGUUGAGGUCUUCAUGGUGAAGGUCUUCAUGCUGCUGGUGGUGGGCAUCACCAGUGGCAUGUGGAUCUGGACCUCUAAGACCCUGCAGUCGUGGCAGAAUGUGUUCAGCAGGAAACUAAAGAAGAGGACGAGGAGGAAGGCGAGCAGUGUUUUCACCAGCAGCCAGUCUUACAUUAAACCUCACCCGUCUCUCAAAGGGCACGCUAAGUAUGAACCCACGCGGCCCCCUCCCACUUGUGUAUGAGCUGGCUCUCUUCAACCCCACAAAACACUGAUUAAGCCCUUACUUGAGACAUUUUAUUCAGAGUGCCAUCAAAAAUGUUUAUUUAUGCAAGUUGCAUUGAAUAUAAUGCAACAUCUCAUGCAACAAGAGCUGCCUUUUGUUUGCUACUUCUGGAUUCAGUUAUCCUACUGAGAAACUUGGUGGAGAACAAUUGUAUUUUUUCAAUUAUGUGGAAAAACAGAGUGGAAUAACCCAUUGAGAUGUGCCAUGGGGUUACUUGAAUAAUGUGCAAUAGAUGUGUUGCUUCCACGUGACAAAGACACUUGUACUGUUAGUGGCAGAUUACAGACAAAGAAAAGACCCCAGAGACAAUGGAGGCAAAUGGUCAGAGAGAUGAGUGUUGCGUUGGAAGGCUUUUUAAUGGAAAUGGGGACAGGCGGUGUCAUAUAUGUUUGAACUGGAGUGAGAACAGCUGUUGAAAUGCAGUCCAGACCUUCUGAACUGCCCUUUUGUGAGGCAAAUCCAUGUUGUAAAUUAAUCCAGCACUCAGUAUUGAAAAGUUGUUUGUAAGCGUCAUUGAGUUUUCAGUUGCUGUUUUAUAGCGCAAGGACAUGUUUGUAUGUGUUUCUAAAACUGCAGAUUUUAUAGAAAAAUUAAUAAAACGUUCUAGUUUUAAAUUGAUGGUCGAGAUGGGAUUGUUAUUCAUCUCUGCUAGAGUGCCUGCAUCCUCACUUCGCAGCACACAGCUUGUUUUUUUUUGUGUUGUUAUUGCAGUACUUCAUUUCCCGGCCUGUACUGGCUGAACUCGUCAUAGCAAUCUAAAUAAUGUGUCUUAUUAUGUUGCUAUGUCAUUAAAAAACGUUUGAGUAAGAAUUUUCUGUCACUGGAUGACCCAAAGAUGUUAUUGCUAUACACUCACUGGCUGCAGCUGCAAUGACAUCCAAUGUGGAAAAUGUCUCAGGUUAACUGCAACUGUAUCAAGGUAACGGUGUGUAUUAUUAGGCUUGUAGUUUCCACUGCAUCAUACUAAAAUGUGUUUUUGAUCAUUUGGUUGCCUUAUUGAUCUACAUACUGUACCGUCAUCUCAUAUUGCAAUGACUCCAAUACAAAGCAGUUGUUGAAUAUCUCUCUUAAAGUGUCAAAACUUCCAUUAUUCCUUAUAAUAACUAAGCUUUAUUAUAUUUUUCAUGGCAAAUUUGGAUCUCAUUUGACAUGCAGCUGUACCUAAUGUUGUGGCAGUGAGUCUAAAUGGUCCUGUGCCAAA